AUGGAACUACUACUAUUAGGUGAUGGUACAGGUAAGCUACACUAUGUGUUGAUAAAGGAUGUUAACAGACUACUGUGUACUGUAAACAAGACCAAGAAGAAGGCACACUUCUGUCUACACUGUGUAAGUGAGGAAGCACUUGCUAAGCAUAAGGAGAUCUGUAUGGAAGUAAAUGGAACUCAAGCUGUAAAGCUCCCCAAGUCGGGGUCAAAGAUAAAGUUUAAAAAUCUUAGGAAUAGUCUACCUGUGCCAUUCGUAAUAUACGCAAACUUUGAAUCGAUACUUGUACCUGAAGAGACUACUGAUAGUGACAGCGAUAGUGACAGAAGUUACACAGAGAAAUACCAGACUCAUCAAGCUUGUAGCUUUGGACUGAAGACGGUAUGUCACUACAACGAUAACUACUCUGGAAAGUACACAAGCUACAUUGGAAAGGAUGCGGCAUACGUAUUCCUUAAGACUGUCAUUGAGGAGUCAAAAAGAUGUAGGCAAAUAACUAAUAAAGCAUUCGACAAGAAAAUGGUUAUCUCACCUGAGGAAGAGAAACAAUUCAUGAAUGCAUCAAACUGUUACCUAUGUGGUGGACUACUUGGUGAAGAUAGAGUUAGAGAUCAUUGUCACAUCAAAGGACACUACAGAGGAGCUGCAAAUAAUAUAUGUAAUCUGAAGUUUAGCAUAGCAUGGAAAAUACCCGUGGCUUCCAUAACUUGA